AUGAGAGCCUAUCCUGUCCUGAUACCCAGCUGCUGCCCACUCAAUUUCAUUGAACUCUUUCAACAGGACUACUCCAUACGCAACGCGAUUCGCAAACAGAAACGCAGACGCCCCGAUAUUCCCCCAGGUCACUGCACCCCACGACCCGACCUCGACAAAGGCAUCCCACCCCAUCGCCACAUACGUCGCGUAGAUGUGACCCAGGUCCGCAAUGGCCAGCGCAAUCAGGUAGUUCCGCAGCACACGAGGCUCCGACGUGCUGUACAUGAUGCCUACCCCCACGAACAUCAGGAGCAGGUAGAUAUUGCCCAGCUGGUACGCCACAGCGACGGUGCUGGGAUGGAAAGGCGUUGGGGGAGGCGGCACCGUGGGCGUCUGGCCCGAGAGGAAAUACUCCAGGUCAAAGACCACGCCCGCAAAGCCGGCGAUCCUGCAGGCAGAUGCCAUCGCAUCGCGUUGCCGUCAGUAGAGGUCUUGUCUGGUCGUAAUGUGGUUUGGAUAACGGCCAUGAUGAAAGGGGAUAACAGAACAAAAUCAAGGAGUUUGAAGACACUGGAGACAGAACACGGCUGGCCCCUCGAAGAUACUCACAAGGAGAUCGGCUCCAGGACCGCAAAAAGAAUGUGA